AAAGAUUCUAGGGAAUAUUUGUAAAUAAUGAUUACAAUUAUUUAAACAAUUUGAUAGUUUUACAGUUUUAUGAAAUAGUUCUAUGGUACGAAAAUUUUCGUUUGAUAUUAGGAUCAAGGAGAAAAAAAAUUAUGUGCAUAAAUGAAAUUUUUCUUUCGUUUAUGUAUUAUCUAGAUAAAAAACGUUAGGUGUACUACUGUUCCUACUUUUUCACUGUAAAAUACAUGAAAGUGCAUCUAUAUCCUUAUUCAAUGAGCAAUUUGUACAAUUUAGACACUGUCGAGGAAGGUUAAAAAAGAGUACAAGUGUCAACAGGAGAUGACAGGCGAGGCCAUGAUAGCAAAUAGUGAUGGUGCCGACAAAAGUGUAUGAAAAUAAAGCAGCUAUAUUGACAAAUGUGCUUUUAUGUAUAUAUAUUACUUUCAAAAUCAAUUAGAAAAAGUAAAUAUCAUUGUAAUAAAAAUAAAAUAUCAUUUUAAAUAAAUUAACAUAAAGGAAAAAUGGCUGAUCAAUGAAGAAGAAAUUUACCAGUAUGUUUUGUGUACAUAUAUAUAAAUAAUAUUUUGGCUCGAUUAUAAUAUUUGCAAUUAAAAUAUUCUUACGUAUUCUUUUUUAUCUCAUAGAAUCUCAUUAAUAUACUUCUAUAAUACCAGAGUUAGAUGAAUUAAACAAACGCAUUUUCUGCAUCAUGUGGAUGAUCAUAAUACAUAUAAUAAUGUUGCUAUAACAGUAUUGUUAUAUAAAAACUGUAUAAUUAAUUACAUAGUGCAAUAUUAAAUUGAUGUGGAUCAUGAUUAUUAUGUUAUUCACCAGUAGCGAGGUGAAUGAACUGUGAUGGAGUGGAUCACUACCACUAUAAUAUGUAUUAUAACAUGGAGUUGCUUGAUAUGGGGUUUCGACUCAAUUCCCCAAGUACCUCCAAAACAAGUCCCAUGUGAUAAAACACGGAAGGUAUUCACAGAAUCUUGGGGAAUAAUUAGUGAUGGUCCUUUAGGCUCAAAUUAUACUCAAGAUUCUCAUUGUGAAUGGCUCAUUAAAGCAAACAACAGUCAUCAAUUUAUUACACUUAGUUUUCGUACAAUGGGUACAGAAUGUAGUUACGAUUACGUUUUCGUUUACGAUGGAGAUUCUUUUCAUUCUCCACUUUUGGGUAGUUUUAGUGGCAAAACAGAACCACAACAAGUAACAUCAUCAUCUGGUUAUAUGUUAAUACUAUUAUAUAGCGAUACAAAUUAUGUUUUGGAUGGAUUUCAUGCUGAAUUUUCAGUUAUGGAUUGUCCUAACAAUUGUACAAAUCAUGGAAAAUGUAUUAAUAAUACCUGUUUUUGUGAAAAUGAUUGGGGUGGUAAAGACUGCUCUAGAGCUUUAUGUCCAGAUAAUUGUAAUCAUAAUGGAAUAUGCGAAAACAAACGUUGUGAAUGUCAUAAUAAUUAUUCUGGACAAUCUUGUUCAUUGCAUUCAACUCAUCCAGAAGGAAACAGAUGGCAUUGGCUAUCACAUUCGGAAGGAGGUUUAAGACCACGUGCAGCUCAUACAGCAGUUUAUGUAAAGGAAACUGAUUCUUUAUAUAUAUUUGGUGGCUAUGAUUUAAAUUUUAUACUUGGUAAUUUAGAAGUUUAUCGUUUUAGUACCAGCCAGUGGGAAAACGAAUAUGGUAUAAUAUUGGAGGGAGCAUCAUCUAUGGAAUAUUUAGAUCCUAUGCUUAUUGCGCACGAAUUAGCACAAAUAGGCGCAGAUGCGGAAGAACAAUAUGGUCUCUCUAAAAAAUCAUUUAUUUUGCAAUUACUUAAAAGUAUUGAAAAUAAUACAUUAAGUCUACACGAUCGUGCAGCUUCUGAAGCAGGGACAUAUAAAUGGGAUAAGUUUAAUAAUAAUUCUAAUCACAGAGAACGUGAAAAGAGUAAUCAAGAAGGCAAUGUAAGCAGAAUUGGUACAAGUACAGUUAAAAUUAGAAGAAAUAAUGAUUUUGUAAAAACACAUUCAGGUCACUUACGAUCUAGAUAUUCACAAAGUAUAUCAGAAAGGUAUCGCAGAGAUUUUGAGAAUAUAAAUUUAUAUAAAAAACAUCAUAUCUCUAGAAUAGAACAGAAUGAUGAUGCAAACAUAGAAAGACAAAGUACAAAUGAAACCACAGAAGAAAAUGUAUUUAUACAAGAAUUUGAAGAUGUCAAUUUAACAACUGAUGAAGCAUAUAGAGAUACUGAAAAACAAACUGAAGAACUGAAGCCAAGUCCACGAUAUGGCCAUGCUGCAUGCAGAUAUGAAGGAGGUUUUGUCAUUUAUGGCGGUAAAAUAGAGGAUGGGUCUCUGUCAAAUGAACUUUGGCAUUAUAAUGUUAAUAUGCGUAUUUGGACAUUACGCGCUAGAAAUUCUACAUUCCACCCACCUCGACUUACAAGACAUACUCUUACAUUGGUAAAUGACUAUAUUUAUCUGUUUGGCGGUAGUACAGUGGAUGGAGAAUUUUCAUCUAGCCUAUACAAAAUUAGAUUGAACUUUUCUGAUUCUACAUUAAUGAUCGAAAAAUGGCAAAAGGUACGUCCUCGUGGUGGAAAAGAAUUAGAUGUUCGUGUUGUUGCUCAUUCAACUGUUUAUCACAGUGCUACUAAUUCUUUACUUGUUUAUGGUGGAGUUGUAGCUAGCGUAGCACGUUUCAGUAAACUUUCAGAUAGAAUGUUUGUUUUCCAAUUGGAUAGAAAAGUUUGGUCUGAAAUUCAUUAUCCAAGAGCACAUUUACGAGAUACUUAUGUCCCUAGAGAGCGUAAUUAUUUGGUUGUAUUUGGUGGAUAUUCUCAUAGACACAACAAAGAAGAAAUUUGUUAUGACAAUCAAAUGUAUCUUUAUCAUUUAGGUUGUCAUACUUGGGUUAGCCAUGAUGUUUUAGGAUUAAAUGAUAAAGAUUCACGUUAUCCUAAGCAACAAGGAGUCUUUGCGCAUGCUUCAGACGUACGUAAUGGAAAUACUUUAUUAUUAGUUGGUGGUUAUCAUGGUAAUGUAAAUGCAGAUUUGCUUGCUUAUACUUUACCGCCAAUGCUUGCACCAGGAGAUAAUGAUAAUAUAGAACCAGAACAGAUUUGUGCAAGGCAUAAAAGUUUGAUGGAAUGCGCUGCAAAUCCAGAAUGUGGAUGGUGCUCCGCGGACGAAAUAUGUUACGGAAGAACUAUUGGUAGCAAUUGUACGACGAAUCUUCAAACUACACGUUGUCCUGGCGUUUGUCCUGCUUUGGGCGAUUGUCAUUCUUGUUUAACACAUGGGCAACCUGGUGGUGGUUGGGGUAAAACUUCUCGUGGUAGAAAUUCAGUUUCUAAUAAAUUAAAUCUUGGAACUUGUACAUGGUGCGUUCAGAAUGCACGAUGUCAUCAUAAGGAUGAUAAUUAUGGAGUUUGUGGACUUCGAGAUGAUACUCCUUCACAAAUACCAGGUUGGUGGGGAUCAAAGGGAACAGAAAUUACACAGGUCGCAGAAUGUCGGGAAAUGGACAAAAGACCAGGUUUAACAUUUUUAAAAUAUAAGCCUCCAGUUAAUUUUAGUCAACCUGAUUCUGUAACAAUAGUCAAUGCGACUACGGUUGAUUUCAAUGUGCCAUCGAUGCAAGGAGCAAAAACAGAAUCAGCUUUAGGUGGAGAGAUGAUUGCUAGAUUAACAGGUUUUUUGAGAUUACCACCAUAUUUUUGGCACAGCACGAUUGAGCAUUUAAAAAUAUGUGUUAGUUAUAAUAGCGCAACACUUCAUGUAUCACGAAAUGAUGAUUCACAAAAAUUGGAAUUAGUUGCAAAUUUAACCGCUGAAACAUCACAAUGCAUUCCUACUAAAUGGCCAGAUGGACAACAAAUGAUAUUGCAAUCUGGACGUUAUCUUCUUGAUUUUGAAUCAAAAAGAAUGGUUACAACAAGUUAUGCAUAUGCCAGUAAGAUGGAAAUUACACAUAGUAAAAAAAUGGAAAAUCCAAAAGUUUUUACUUUCGAAUAUCUUGAACCAUAUCAAAAUGGAUCUUGUAAUCAGUACAAAAAUUGUCUUCAUUGUUUGAUAGAUUCUUCAUGCGGUUGGUGUGAUAUCACUAAUAAAUGUCUUUCACGUUCUAUUAAUGAAACAGAAAGUUGUGCAACUGAUGUAGAAAUAGAUGAAAAUGGCGAUCCGAUUCGUGAAUGGCAUUAUUUAACAAUCACCCCAUCAGCUUGCUCAAAUUGUUCCAAUUAUAUUUCGUGUGAAUCAUGUGUUGGUAGCAACUUAUGCGAAUGGUGGACAGAGGAAGCUCGAUGUGCAAGAAUAGGUAGAUUACCUAAUGCUGUUGUUAGCAUAGAUCAAUGCCCAAUACCUUGCAGGCAGAGAUCAAAUUGUACACAAUGUUUGGAUGAACGUGGAAGAUGUGUGUGGUGUGAAGCAACACAAGAGUGUUUUUCAUUCUCUGUAUAUACAUCAGAGUAUCAAUUCGGUUUGUGUAGAGAAUGGAUGGAUCAAGCAGGUUUAAUGGGAGUGACAUCUAGAUCUGGUUCAUCAUUGACAAGUAAUGAUCAAUGUAAAAGUUGUAGCCGGCAUACAAAUUGUUCUAGCUGUUUACAUUCAUUGAGUUGUGGCUGGUGUUAUAGUUUAGAAAAUCCAAUUAUGGGAGUUUGUGUACAGGGAGAUUUUAAUCGAGCUCAUGUCAAUUGUAGUUUAAUUAUGAAUGAAUAUCUAAACACUACUCUUGAAGCUGAUGAGUCAGGAUGGGCAUAUGCUCAAUGUCCCGAUGUUGACGAAUGUGAUUUAGGUCUACAUGAUUGUCAUCCUAAUGCAGUUUGUACAAAUACACAUGGUAGUUAUAGUUGCCAGUGUAAACGAGGUUUUAAUGGUGAUGGCAAAGAAAAUUGUACAAAAACAUGUUAUGAAAAAUGUAUUAAUGGAUAUUGCAGUGAAGCACCUGAUUAUAAAUGUGAAUGCAAUCUGGGAUGGACUGGUCCAGAUUGCAGAACAAAUUGUGGUUGCUAUAAUCAUUCCACUUGUCUUCAAGGACCAGGUAUAUGUGAUGAAUGUCAAAAUUGGACCACUGGUAGAUAUUGUGAAGAAUGUAAAGCAGGUAGUUAUGGCAAUGCCACAACAAUAAUGGGUUGUAAAAAGUGUAACUGUAAUGAACAUGGUGAUAAAGAUUUGGAUAUUUGCGAUCGACAAACUGGUAUUUGUUUCUGUCGCGAUAAUACAGAAGGUGAUAUGUGUCAAAGAUGUAAAAAAGGAUAUUAUGGCGAUCCAAAAAAUGGAGGAAUGUGUUAUUAUGGUUGUAUGUCUAGAGGAAUGUUAAAUGGAGAAGGAAAAGGUAAACAAGGCCUUGGUAGUAGACAUUCACAAAUGUCACCAUGGGAAACUCAUUUCGGCGAAUUAUUAACAAGGGAAUGUUUAUGGAUUGUUAGUCCAAAUAGCGAUCUCUCGCCUAAUACAACAACUUCUGGUAUACAAAGUGUAAUUCAGUUUACAAUACAAGAUGAUAUCAAUAUCAGUUGUCAAGAGAACAGUGUCUAUGUAUAUGAUGGUCUUCCUGAAUUUGUUUCAUCUUCCAGUAAUCAUCAAAAUCAAUUGGUUGGAGUUUAUUGCACAGAAAGUACAGAUUAUCCUGUAACAGUAGAAGCCAGAUCUGGAUUUCUCACUGUUCACUACAAACAAUUAGAUGAAAUUGAAGGAUUUAAUGCAAGCUAUAUUGUAAUGACAUGUGACAAUUGUCCUAAAAAUCGAGUCUGUAGAAAUAAUAAUUGCUUGUGUAAAGCUGGUUUCGUUGGUAUUGAUUGUACUAUCGAAUUAUGUCCAAAUAAUUGUACUUCAUCAAGAAAACAAGGAAUCUGUGAUAAAGGAUAUGGCCGUUGCGUUUGUUCAUCUGGCUUUGGUGGAAAUGAUUGUUCGAUUAAAAUUAAAGAACAUCAACUGGUUUUCACAGAAUUAUUUAAUUCAGAAUAUCUUGCUGAUCAUUUAGAUCAUUUAAGAAAAACCUUACCACGUUUUGGACAUAGCUUAGUUGCUGAUAGAAGGGGUAGUCUUUGGAUGUUUGGUGGAUAUUCUCUCAGUCAUGGGCCAUUGAACGAUAUUAGACUUUUUGAUACUAAGAAUAAUACAUGGAUACCUGUAACUGUGGACUCUACAUCAGAAGCGUCAAUGCCUCAAGGCAGAUAUUUUCAUGCUGCUGAAAUAGUUCAUAGUAGACAACAGAUAUAUGUAUAUGGUGGAUUAUCUAUGAAAGAAAAAGAUAUUCCAGGCUUAUCCAAUAAUACAUUAGAUGAUUUUUGGAAAUUUAGUCUUCAAAAUCAAAGGUGGAGUCAAAUUGUGCAAAAUGAACUGAAAAAGGAACCACUACCUUUGGCAGGACAUACAUUAACUUUACGUAGAGAUGGGGAAUCAGAAAGUUUAUUAUUAAUUGGUGGAUUUAGUCCAAAAUAUGGAUAUCUAGAUACUGUAUGGGAAUUUAAUUUAGAAACGGAAUCUUGGGAUACGAUAAGUACAAAUGGAAAUGGUCCUUUAGUAAUUUAUGGGCAUUCAACAGUAUAUCAUAGUAAAUCUGAUAGUUUUUAUGUAUUUGGUGGUUGUACCUAUGUUAUUAAUAAGACGUUUAUUUCAAAUAAGCUUUAUGCUUUAAAUUAUAGAAGUCGUAGAUGGUCUGUAUUACCACCAUUUGAGGAUGAUUUCACUGAUGGCAGCAGCUUACCUCAAGCUAGAUUUCUUCAUUCAGCUGUUACAACUGAAGAAUAUAUGGUAAUAUUUGGUGGUCGACAGAAUCCUCGCAAUACUUCUGAUUCUUUAAUAGCAUAUAAGUAUUCAUGCAAUUUGUGGAUUCGAUUAAUUACAAAUGAUAUGGAAAUAAUUGGUAAUCCACCACCACCAUCAUAUGCACAUGCUAUGACACAUGCAGAUCCAGAAUCAAAUGCUAUAUAUGUUGUUGGUGGUUUUGAUGGUGGUAUUAAAAGUCAUGUUACUUUAAUCAAUAUACCUGAAGACUUAUGCAAUCUUUGGACAAAUAAAAUUGCAUGUAGAAAAUAUUUUGGUUGUUCCUUCUGUUCUGUUACUACAAUUGUAGGAAAUAAUGCUUCUUUUUGUUUUUCCAAUGAAGUAUCACUUAAUAGAGGCGAUAAAUGUGAUAUUAAUGUGACUCAAGCACAAAGAUCGAAUGGAGUAUUUUGCAAUUCUGAUUGGAUGACUAGUAGAAAAUGUCAGAACUUUAAAACUUGUGCAGAAUGUCUAGCUGAAUGGCCAUAUUAUAAAAAUAAUGAACCUAUUUGUAAAUGGUGCACAAAUUGUCCACAUGGUAAAUGUAUACCACAUGAAAAAAUUUGUGAUGAACAAAACAAGUGCAAUGUCAGACAAAUAUCAAUAGAUGACGUUAAGCAAUGUGGAGAAUUGCAAUGUUCAGCUAGUGAUUGCGAAAAAUGUAAUACUCUUAGAAACUGUGUAUGGACAAGACAAGUUCUAAAAACUUCUGAGUUAGGUGUGAAAGUAACAGGUGAACCUAUAUAUGAUUGGAAUUGUGUACCAGAAGAUAUUUUCGAAAGAUCAAGUAUAAAAAUGAGUAGUACUCAAUGUGAAAAAAGAUGUGCUGAACACAAAGAUUGUAGAAGUUGUCUAAAGGGAACAGGAGCUGAAGGAGGUUGGCAACAAUGUAGAUGGUCUACACAACUUAAUGAAUGUAUUUCACCAUCAUAUCAACCACUUUAUUGUGCUGGUGGAGUAUGUGGAUUAGUAUUACGUAAUUCAGAUAUAGAUCAUUGUCCAGAACCAUGUUCAGUCUUUACACAAUGUAGUACAUGUUUAAAACAUUCCCAUUGUGGUUGGUGUUCUAUGGAUUCUGCUAAUAUAACUGGACAGGGUAUUUGUACAGAAGGAUCUUUAAAAGCACCUACAGAACAUCCAGCAGGUGGAACUUGUGAAAUGAUUUAUUAUGAACAAUUCUCUCAUACUGAGCCACCAAUUUUAACUACUUUAUUUCCACAUCGCUUAGAGUUUGUACCUCAGGACAGUGUUACAAUGACUUUAUCUAAUUUUCUGGUGAAAUCACCAUUUUCUUGGCAUUAUGUGCGCUGCCCAAUGGAGAAUGAAUGUUUAAAUGGCCAUCAUACAUGUUCACCAAAAAGUGAAAAAUGUUUUGACUUGGAUGAAGGAUUUGAAUGCAUGUGUGGAGAUGGAUAUAAAACAGAAACUACAUGGUCAUUUAAUGAAUCUGGAAGGAAAAUUUGUGUGCCAACGUGUAUGCAAGGUUGCGUACGAGGUACAUGUGUUGAACCAAAUAUUUGUCGUUGUGAUUUUGGCUAUGUGGGUGCCAAUUGCUCCAUUCAAUGUCAAUGCAAUGGUCAUAGUAAUUGUGCAGGACCAGAUAAAUUAGAUGUAUGUUUAGAGUGCCAUAAUAAUACAAUGGGACCUCAAUGCAGUAAAUGCUUGCCUUUAUAUGUUGGAAAUCCUGCAGACAAUGGACAAUGUAUACCAUGCUUGGAAUAUUGUAAUGGACACACACGUAUUUGUAUUAAUGAAAGCAUGACUGUUCCGGAUCCUAAUUCUGUUGACAAAAUGUCCAUAGAAUUAUUGAAAAGACAAUUGGUAGAGGGUCCUAUAGCAAAAGCUAAAUGUGUAAAUUGUGGAAAUAAUACAAAAGGUGAUAAAUGCGGAGAAUGUAUGGUGGGUUAUUUCAGAGGAACAGAAGAUUUACGUGAUAUUUGUCGUCCUUGUGAAUGUCAUGGUCAUGGAUUCACUUGUGACCCAGUGACCGGUGAAAAAUGUAAUUGUGGCAAUAAUACAGAGAGUGAACCAUCUUGCACUAGUGGUCCUAUGAAAGCUACAAAUAUGGGUGGUACACCAUGUUGGAUGGUUCAAUGCAGUAAGUGUAGAGAAAACUAUGCAGGAACACCAACUAUGGGCCAUCAAUGUUAUAAAACUGUUACAGUUGAUAAUAAAAUGUGCUUUGACUCCAAAUUAAUAGAUGAGUGCAAGAUGAAACCAAAACCAUUGAAUCCUGGACAAACUGUCUUUUAUAUGGUACAACCUCGAUUUAUGAAUGUAGAUAUUAGAGUGAUGGUUGAUGUUACGCAAGGUGCCUUGGAUCUUUUUUUAAGUCCUCGCGAUGACUCAUUCGUUGUAACAUUAAACUCUUCUACAGGUUAUCAAGAUGUUGAAUUGGAUAGCAGAUUUAAAUGUAUAUAUAAAUGCAAAGAUCCCCAUGAUACAUGGUUAGAAGAUCCACAACACAGUAAAAUCAGGAUUGUGGAAUUUCAUUCACGUAAUUCUUCCCCUUUUGCAAAUAAUAAUAGCACUGCAGAACUAAAUUGGAAUCAAUUUCAUUAUAUAGUAAUAGAACGUUAUGCAGAAAGCUUGGCUACAUUCAUGACGAUCGAAAAAAGAAAUACAUUUUUAAUAAUCAGGAAUCUGACGAAUCGAUUAGUGCUAACUCUACCACAAGAUAAACAUGAACUUGGCCAGACUAAAUUUCAUAUUGCACUGAGAGCGAUCGAUACAUAUAAUCCAGAUGCUAAUAAUAGAGCUGCAUAUGGGAUGAUCUUUUUUAGACAAGAUCAAUUACAUAUUGAUCUUUUUGUUUUUUUCUCGGUUUUUUUUUCUUGUUUCUUUCUUUUCUUAGCUGCUUGUGUUGUAGCAUGGAAAACUAAACAGGCAGCUGAUGUACGUAGAGCGCGGAGAAGACAUGUCGUCGAAAUGUUACAUAUGGCUAAGAGGCCAUUUGCUACAGUUACUAUUCUUUACGAUCGAGAUGGGAAUAAUUGUAGUCCAAGUUCACCACAACGCAAGAAUAGACGUAAUAGAGCUAUAAGUUUUCAUAAUGAUGUCAGACCAGUUGCAGUAGAACCAACUAAUGAUGGUGUUGCGGCUGUAGCUACAGUAUUCAUCAAACUACCUGGUGGGCAACAAGCUCCUGUUAAAUUAGCUCUCGGUAGCUCAUUAAUACUUCUAACCAGGGUCUAUCCGGUUAAUAGCAGAGUGUUCCUAAGGCGUAGAAACAGUCAUGCAUAA